GGGGAGAGGAAGGAAGGAGUGGAACAGAAAUACGUAGCCCCUUGAUCUUUAGGAGCUUGAUGGUGACUAAUGACAAGGGUGGGAGAGUGCUAGGCUAUAAGAAUGGGAGAUCUUUGGCGGUCUGUGGGGGUCUUUGGUUGCAAGACUAGGGACUAAACGCAUUGACUACACCUCAGGAGGUCUUUGGACAAAAGUAUGGGGCAGGCCCUCUUGCCCUAGCUUAGCUAAGGGUCAGGGGGCAGCACCAGUUUUUUUUUCAGUUUUUAGCGCUGAUCCUUGAUUAUCUCUUAAAGCCUCUGUUGUUUUUCCCUCCUGCCGGACUCAGAAGUCUUGUCUUUCAUUAAAUCUUCCCUCAAAGGAAGAAAACUGAGCAAGGGGGAAUGGGAAAAAGAAAGGGAGUAAAGAAAAAGGAGGAGAGAGAAGGAGGAAGGCAAUGGGGAAGAAGGAAUGUGUCUUCUAAAACAGAAGCUCCCCUUGGCUCCUCAGCUGGUGACUAGCAGCUCAGUACAAAUUGGGACCGCAUUCACACCUGUGUGUGAAGCUGAGUCAGACACAUUCCUAUGCAGUGGGCAAGGCAGCUCUGCAGCGGUGGGCUGGGGGGACACUUACCCAGCAGCGGAGCUGAGAGAACACAGAGACUCGAGAGAAGGAGGAAUCCACUAGUCCACAGAGUCUGCUGAUUUUCGGCCCGGCGAACACUGGAGGAGCAGCAAGUGAGGAGCUGGUGAAGAACACAGACAUUUCUUUGCACCUAUCAGUCUUGAAGGGGAGGAGGUGUCCCUUUUUCAGCCUGAGGAAAACCAGCAGAUGGCACUUGUGAUGAACAAGACUGGCAAAAUAGACUGGAUGGCUGAAGGUGAGGAAUAGACUUCUCUGGAGACUUACAUUUGCUGAGUUUGUGCCAUUAAUCCUUUCCUUGGCUGCUUUUGUUAGGACUAGUUGUGUCCCCUACAGCAAGCAGGGCAGGCAGGAGGAAGGAGCGGGUCUCCAGCGGCCUGACUGCUCUUCCACCCCACCCCCAAAGAUGUCUUGUGACUCUUCCCUCAUCAGUGUAACGCCUGGAGAGGACCUUGAGGGUGGCAGCUUCUCAGAGGAAAGCAGCGGUGAGGAUGACAUCAGCGGUGUUCUAGGAGGGGACAGCCCCGUGACAGGGCCGCUGGGCACGGUGCUGCUGCUCAUGUGCCUCAUUGGGAUGGUGGGGAACAUCUACACGGUGCUGGUGGCCUCUGGCAAGGUGGCAGGCCGCUCAGCAGGCUCCUUGGGGGUCUACGUGAUCAACCUCGCCCUGGCUGACCUCCUGUACCUCUCCACCAUCCCCUUUGUGGUCUGCACCUAUUUCACCCAUGACUGGUUCUUCGGAGACGUGGGCUGCAAGCUUUUGUUCAGCUUGGACCUCCUCACCAUGCAUGCCAGCAUUUUCCUCCUGACUGCCAUGAGCCUGGAGAGGUACUGGGCAGUAACCAGGCCACUGCAGGCCAGGCGGGCUGGCGGCACUUACCGCAAGCCAGCCAGUGCCAUCCUUUGGCUCCUUGCCCUCCUGCUUACGGCCCCCAUGAUGGUUAUGACCCAAUUGCGGGAGGGGGAUGGUCCCAGCAAGCGCAUCUGCAUCCCCACAUGGACACCAGCGGCCUUCCGGCUCUACUUGACGGUGCUCUUUGCCACCAGCGUCCUGGUGCCCGGUGUGGUGCUGAUCAUUGUCUACACCCUCCUGGCCCGGGUGUACCACUCUUCCACCUGGCACCCGGGGCUGUCAGUGGCCGGCCGGGCUCCCUCCCAGCGUCUCUCCUCCAGGAUCUCUGCCGUUGUGGUGGCUUACUGGGCCUGCUUCCUCCCCUUCUGGGGCUGGCAACUGGCCAGGCUGUACCAGCGUGAGGGCAUAGGCAUGGGCCCCACUGCCCAGGCCUACCUCAAUUUUGGUGUCACUUGCCUAGCCUAUGGCAACAGCUGUAUCAACCCCUUCCUCUACACCCUGCUAGCCAGUAGCUACCGCCAGCAUCCCAAACACGCUAGGAGGCCAUAGCACCUUCCUGGCUUUUGGGUAAAUGUUGGGGGUCAUAGGGAAUAGCAGAGGGAGCCCUGGGCGAUGAGCAGUACCUGAGUGGGGGAUAUCUCCCAGGCUUUUGUGAGGGUUGAGUAAUGAAAUAAAAGUGUGUAGUCUUUUGCGCUGCA